GGCCACGUACACAGCCGCUAUGAAGGGGAACGCUCAACGAUGGGUGGCUGUUCUUCUUGUGGGACUCUGGCACUGUUCCUGCCUGGCAAAGCAGGGCGCAUCAAAUACGGCUCCGGACAUCCAAGUAAUUGAGCAGCUGGCCGCCUCCCUCAACGAAAGCCACGUGACGGCUCGGUGUCGGCGCAAGUUGACCUUCGGCGGCGACUGCGAGUGCAACUUCAGGGACGCGCCCGACCUCAAGCCCAAGGACAUCGUGUUCGACAUGCACAUGUACAGCCGGCGGCGGGUCUGCAUCGGCGACGACUACCUCAGGCCCGGGGCCUGUCGUGUGCUCUCGCUGCAGACGGAUCCCGACAACGACCAGCCGGAGACCUUUCAGAAGGCGCUCGUCAACUUCGGCUGCAGCAGCGACGACGUCACGGAGAUGGACGCCGAAGCGACCUUCGCUAAGUGGAAGAACUUCUCGCUGCGCAUGCAAAUGAAGAAGAUGCGCGUUAAGAGUUUGGACCUGCUGGACGUUUCGGCGCCCGGGCUCGAGGGCAAGAUCCUGGCGGACCUCCUGAAGCAGAAGCCGCGGAUCUCGGCUAAGCAGCUGACGCUGACCGUGGUUCUUGACGCGGACGAGAGGAUGGGCGAGCCGGAGUCCAGCUUCACCAUGAAGGUGGCGAGGGAGAAUCUGCUUCUGCUGCAGCGCAUCGAGGCGGCCGGGUACAACAUGCUCUCCAUCAGGCCGAACCCAAAGUGCGUUGCUUCAGUGCAGGAGGAGUACGGCCUAUGCCUGCCGGUGACUGCCGACGUCACCUGGGUGAAAUAGGACGGACAUCUGGAGGAAACGCACGCAUGUGGCGCGUGGUUUGCAUGCUCGCUUUAUUGAUGUGAGGUUCGAUGCAUAUGAACACCUAUCUGUAAAAUAUAAUUCAUUGUCUUCUUCCAUGGCAUCCAUUUAGAGAGGAACCUAAUUUCUUG